CUGGGGCUGGCUCGGGAGUCGAGCUAGCGGCUGUGGCGGCGACGGCCACGCCUGGGCCGCGCCACCCCGGGCUUGGGCUGAGGGCCGCCUCGCCAGCCUUAGUCAGCCAGCCUCGUCAGGCCAACAGCAGCCUCAGGCGUUAGCCUCAGGCUGGGCCGCGGCAGGCCAGCCCACAUGGCGGACGCAGCUUGCGCGGGCGGCAGCAGCAGGAGCAGCACCAGCUGCAGCAGCAGGAGGCCCAGGCCCGCCCUAGCGGCCGCCCUCGGGCCCGCCGCCAGGCUCGCCGACACCAAGCCGUUCCCAUGAGUCGCCUAUCGGCGAGACGGCCUGGGACAGGGACAGGGCCCCGCGGCCCCCGCGCUCGGACGGCGUGAUCCUGGACGGCCUCGGAUGAAGCAAGACGGGGCUUAUUCCCAGGAACGCAGAAGUCGUUGACUGGCGUGAUGGGGAGGGCCCAGAGCCCCAUGGAGGUCGGCUAGACCCGCCCCCAACCCCCCAGCCCCCCUCGCAGCCCGGGGGGUUCCCCAGGGGGUUCCCCAGGGGGUUCCCCAAGGGGGUAGCGCCCCCCUCCCCCCGCGCCCCUCACGCCCUGCAGGAGCCGGCGGACAGCAUGGAAGCGUCCGCCGCCGACCAGGGCAAGGGAUGUACGAGCAGGCCUCUGGCCUUCGACAAGAUGGAGGGGCUGGUUCGGGAGAUGCAGGAUCCAGAAACAGGGGUACCGGUGCGCUGCCAGAAACUUUUUCUUACUUCAAUACCUUCCGCGUUCAUGGGUUACGAUCUGAUUGAGUGGCUGAUGGACCGACUCAACAUCGAAGAGUCAGUAGAGGCGCUGCAUAUCGGGAACCUGCUGUGUCAGUACGGGUACUUCUUCCCGGUGAGCGACACCAAGAACCUCGUGGUCAAAGACGACAGCUCGCUGUACCGGUUCCAACAGACGCCCCUGUACUGGCCAUGGCAAAACAACAAGAUGCCGGACAACGUGGAGUACGCCAUCUACCUGCUCAAGAGGACCAUGAGGAACAAACAACGGCACGGCUUGGAGGAAUACGAGAUGGAGGCGCUCAACAGCCUCAAGAGUAAUCUCAAGAACAAAUGGGAAUGCAUAACGCUUCAGGCAGACGAACAGGUUAAGAAGGCAAAAGGAAUGAAGAAAUGCGACAAGAUCGUGCUGGACUCACAAGAACGCGCUUUCUGGAGAGUGAACCGCCCACCACCCGGCUUCCUCAACUCGCUGGAGUACGUCCCCAUCCCGAGCAGGAGUAGGAGCAGCAAGCCGAAGAAACGCAGCAUAGAGGAUGUUCAGAGAGAAGUGGAUUUUUUGCGGAGAUGCCUGGAUCGGACAAGGAUCAAAAUGUCAGUAGCGCUCGAGUCGUUAAUGCAGUACUGCGAAAUGUUUUGCGAGUGGGACCCGAUGGUAACGCCACCUCAACCAUCCAACCCUUGGACAUCGGAAGACCCGAGCUUUUGGAGCAUCAACAGUCCGAUCGUGGAAAUCCCGACGGAGAAGCGGGUUCGGCGCUGGGCCAUUAGCAUGGAGGAACUCGUCUCCGACCCGACGGGCCUCCAGGAGUUCACCAACUACUUGCGGAAGGAGUACAGCCAUGAAAACAUUCGCUUCUGGCUAGCCGUCAACAGCCUGAGGCGGAGCUCUCAACGAGAGAUCCCUCAGCGAGUCAAGGACAUUUACAGCGAGUUCUUGGCCCCCGGGGCGCCGUGCGAGGUGAACAUUGAUGGGAAGACGAUGGAGCGGACCCAGCAGGAGCUCAAGAACCCGUCCCGCUUCACGUUCGACCCGGCGGCCGAGCACGUCUACACCCUACUGCUCAAGAAGGACUGCUACCCGCGCUUCAGACGGUCCGAGAUGUACAAGCAGCUCCUGGCGGCGGGGGUGCAGCCCAGCGCCAAGAAAAGAUUUUUUAACUUUGGUCCUGGCAAGAAGAAGAACCAGCCCCAGGCAUUGCUUCAACAGCAGCAGUCCACCGCUGCCUCCCUGUCGCAGCAGGUACAACAGGGUUCUCUCGCGGGACGCCGGCGAGGGAGUGACCGGUCGCUGAGCGGGUCCGCGCACGAGCUGGCCGUGUCCGGGGUGCGUGACAAGGACCUCAACCGGACGGUCAGCCACAGCCACUCGCAGUCCAACCUCAGCGACAUCCCCUACAGGGGAGAUCUACCUCCUGCUUGCCAUUCCAAAGUGGCGCCCAGCAUUUGGUCGAGCCUAGAUCCCCCGGGCGGAUCGUCGGACGAGGGCGGCGGCCAGGCCAGAAGCACGGCGGACGACGUGUGUCCCUGGGACUCGGGGCCGCCCCGCGCUCUCGCACCCGAGCCGACCAGCCAGGUGGGCCGCACCUCCAGGAAGAACUCCUCGCAGCUGGACUCAGGAGGGUCGUCCUCGGACAUCUCCAUCGCCAUCGCCGAGGUCAGUACACAUGAUGGGUCAUGUACACCGUAAAUGCUUAAGGUACAA